AUGCGUGGGAACGUGCACCUGUCUGCGGAAGUCGCCGACUCGGGAUCCCUCUCUGGUGUCAGGCGUCCUAAGUCGUGUCGACGCUUUCGUGGCUCGUGUCAGGAUGCUACGAAAAGUGGGGUUCUAAGACUAAAAGGAAAUCCCAAAACUGUCGGUUCGAUGGGCAAUUGCAUAAAACCUUACGACCCUGUGCUUGAUUCCAUUCCAAGGAGCUCCUUUAAUAUCGACACCACGCCGAUUAGGGAAUCUGGUCUGCCGAUCAUCUUCGUAAUUGGAGGACCGGGAGUCGGAAAAAGAACGCUGUGCACCAAGGUGGCGAAGAAGUAUGACUUCCUCGAGAUAAUAAGCAGCGAAAUUAUUCGACAGGAGGUGAUUAAAAGAACAGAAAGAGCGUUUGUGUUGGCGCAUAUGAUGUCUGAGGGGCAUCUGGUACCAACCGAUAUACUGAUCGAACUGAUCACGAAGAAAAUUCUGAAUAAUCUGGACGCGAAAGGUGUCAUAGUGUCUGGGUUCCCAAGGCACAAGAGUCAGUGCCAAGUGUUCGACAGGGAAGUACGACCACCGGAUCUUGUUUUAUUUCUCAAAGCACGAAAUUCCGUCCUGAGCGAUCGAAUAAACGCCAGAAGUAUCACGACCACGGAAAGACCAGUUAUAAAUUUCGGUUUCAUUAAGAAGGAACUCAAGAAAUUCCAUAGAAGGAAUCGACCGAUAGUUAAGUAUUACAAAGAUCUUUUGGUGGUCAUCGAUGGGGAGUACGAAGCGAUGACCGUCUACGAAAACGUGUGCAAAGUCAUCGACGAUCUUUUAACAAACUUCCCGAAAACGUCUGAAAAACCUGAAACAGUCAACGACGAUCUUAUAACGAACUCCCCGAAAACAUCGUCCGAAAAACCUGUAAUCGAAGAGGAACAGACAUAG